ACUAAAGACAGUCAACUCAUUUUUCGUUAUUUAUAUUUAAGCUGUCAAAUGUUACAAUAUUUCCCCCACCUAAAUUUUGUUUUGAGUGAAACCAAGAAAGAUUGGCAUGGUAGUAUGUGAUGAUCAUUGGAAUCAGACAACACAAGCCAUCCUUUCACCUCCUUGCUCCAUUCUUCUUACUCUCUUGUCCCUCUCUCAAAUGGGUUUCUUCUUCAUUGGACAAGGAGAAAAACACCGAGAAACGAAAACCCAAUUACGAAUUCUCUCUUGUUUCAGCCUUCAAGUCUUGUUCAGCGAAUUCAUCUGUCACUCGGGGCCAACAACUUCACUCCCUUGUCUUGAAAUCCGGCCUCGAAUCCAAUAUUUUUAUUCUGAAUAGCAUGAUCACUUUUUACGUAAAAUGUGGAUUAGUAAGUCAUGCUAAGACAAUCUUUGACUCUUGUACUAGGUUAGAUGCAGUGUCUUGUAACAUAAUGUUGUGUGGGUAUGUAAAAUUUGGGUUUCUGAAUGAAGCCUAUGAGAUGUUUGAUAAAAUGACUGAGAGAAACUGUGUGACUUAUACGACUAUGAUUAUGGGUUUGGUACAGAAGGGGUUUUGGAGUGAGGCAAUUUGGGUUUUUAGAGAUAUGAGGUACUUUGGUGUUGGUCCAAAUGAGGUGACUUUGGUGAAUGUUAUAUCAGCUUAUUUGCAUUGUGGGGGGAUUAAGGUGGAUAAAAUGCUUCAUGGGUUGGUAUUGAAAGUCGGGGUGAAGGAUUUCGUUCACGUGUCCACCAAUUUGCUUCAUUUGUAUUGUCUCAAUGGGUGUUUGAAGGAUGCAAGUAUGUUAUUUAAUGAGAUGCGUGAAAAAAAUGUGGUUUCUUGGAAUGUGAUGCUGAAUGGGUAUACUAAGGCUGGGCUAGUCGAUUUUGGUAAAGAGGUUUUUGAACAUAUUGUUGAUAAGGAUGUGGUUUCUUGGGGUACAAUUAUUGAUGGUUAUUUGCAAGCAGCAAGGUUGAAUGAUGCUGUUAAAAUGUAUCGUGAAAUGAUGUGUACUGGAUUGCAUCCUAAUGACGUUAUGAUUGUAGACUUUUUAUCAACGUGUGGACAACUGAUGUCAAAUUUUGAGGGUAGGCAGUUUCAUUGUGUAACAGUAAAGAUGGGUUUUGAUCUCUUGGACUUUAUUCAGGCGACAAUAAUCCACUUCUAUGCAGCUUGCGGGGAGGUGGAUCUUGCCCAUUUGCAGUUUGAAAUAGGAAACAAGGACCAUGUUGCAUGUUGGAAUGCCCUAAUUGCAGGACUUGUUAGAAAUAGAAAAAUUGAUGAGGCUAGACGCUUAUUCGAUCAAAUGCCUGCAAGAGAUGUUUUCACUUGGAGCUCCAUGAUUUCUGGUUACUCGCAAAGUGAGCAGCCUGAUUUGGCUCUUGAGCUUUUUCAUGUGAUGUUAGCUGGUGGUGUAAAACCAAAUGAAAUUACUAUGGUCAGUGUCGUCUCUUCUAUUGCUUCUUUAGGGACCUUAAAAGAAGGUAGAUGGGCUCAUCAUUAUAUUUGCAAAAAUCCCAUCCCUUUGAAUGACAACUUGAGUGCAGCACUGAUUGACAUGUAUGCCAAAUGUGCCAGCAUCAAUGAUGCCUUAGAGGUGUUCAAUCAAAUCCGAGAGAAAGCUGUUGAUGUCUCACCAUGGAAUGCCAUUAUUUGUGGCCUAGCAAUGCACGGGCAUGCACAUUUAUCUCUUCGUAUCUUCUCAGAUUUGCUGAAGCAAAACAUCAAACCCAAUUCGAUCACUUUUAUAGGAGUCUUAAGUGCAUGUUGCCACGCUGGGUUGGUGGAGGCUGGUGAACAGCAUUUCCAGAGCAUGACUAAACUGUAUAAUGUAAAACCAAAUAUUAAGCACUAUGGUUGUAUGGUGGAUCUUUUUGGUAGAGCAGGACGAUUGAAAGAAGCUGAAGAGCUCAUAAGGACCAUGCCUAUGGAGGCAGAUAUCAUCAUAUGGGGCACAUUGUUGGCUGCUUCUAAAACUCAUGGUAACACAGAAAUAGGAGAAAGGGCAGCAGAGAACUUGGCAAGAGUGGAGCCAUCUCAUGGUCCUAGUAGGGUCCUUCUCUCUAACAUUCAUGCAGAUGCCGGAAAAUGGGAUGAUGCAUUUCUCACUAGGCAAGCUAUGCGAAGUCAAGGAUUGACAAGGUCAACUGCAUAUAGUGGUGUUGUAUGAUAAAUUGAUUCUGUUAGCUGCGGCUGCAGCAAAAACUCUUUGCACUGACUGUCAGGGUGAAGAAUUCACCUUUUGAGUGUCUCAAAUAUUUCAAGCAAACUGCUGAUUUUUCUUCUA